GCGCUGGAUUUUUUCUCUACGCAUGAAACAAUUUUGAUAAAAACGUGCAAAUUCAUGUCAUAACGGCACAUUUUCAGCGGAGUAUAACAGUUGUUGUGCGCUGCAGUUGGUAUCAGUGGUUGUUGUGACGUCUUCCAAUUUGAAAACUUCUCGCGCAAAAGGCACGAAAAGUGUAUUUUCCAGUGAAAAUACGGCAUAUCGCGGAGUCUUAACGAAUUUUCCGACUAGUAGACACUAUAUUGGUGGCAAUGUGGUGAGGAAAAGCCGUGCUAGUGUGAGACAAUUGACUGUUGAAGGGAAAACAUCUCGGCAAGAGCAUUUGAGAUAUUCGUGGGCCAGCAGCAAGAGCGGUCGGAAAGUGGAGUGAAAUCAGGCGAUACGGGAAACCUUUACUGGAGCUCUAAUCGCACUGUCGCAGUGGCGCUUCGCAGGAGAGGAGCAGAAAGUGACUUUGUGUGUUGUUGAUAUUUCGGGAGAGGCGUUCGAUAAAGAUGAUCUCAGUUCUGAGAAACUCGUUUGUUCAGAAUGUGUUGAGGAGCAGACUACGUGGAGAUAAUCUGGCACAGCUGAGGUGUAUCUCCAAGAGCAGCGAAGUCAACAAUUCUGAUUAUUUGAAGAAGAAUGAGCCAUCGGAGAAGUCACCGGAGGGCAAAUCCAAGAAGACAACAAGGACGCUGUCGACAAUUCAGUACUCCAUGUCGAGCUCCAAUGCUGUCCCGAAAGAUAAAAGCAGAGAGUUUAUGUCGUACUUUCCAGAUAUUGUGCGAGAGUUGAAAGACAAGGCGAAUAAGUAUGACUCUUGUGGAGCUGGGAAACAUUUUGCUCGCACGCUGCAAUACAACGUUCCGGGUGGCAAGAAGUACAGAGGCAUCGCCACGGUGCAGGCUUAUGAGUUGAUUGCGAAGAAGUCCGCUCUGACGGAGGCGAAUAUGAAGUUGGCCGUGUAUCUGGGAUGGUGUAUUGAGAUGUUGCAAUCCAUGUUCCUCAUCAUGGAUGACAUUAUGGAUGGCAGCAUUACGCGAAGAGGACAGCCAUGCUGGUACAGAUUGGAGGAUAUAAAGCUGGCUGCCAUAAAUGACGGACUGCUGCUUGAGGCGGGCAUUUACCAGAUUCUGAAGGAGCACUUUAGCCACUUGGACUGCUACGUGAAGCUCCUCGAGUUGUUCCACGAUUGCACAUUCAUCACGACUCUGGGACAGCUGCUGGACACAAAGUCCGCGCAUGAGGACAUCAUGAGCUUCAAUAUGGAAAAGUACAAGUCCAUUGUGGCCAACAAGACGUCCUACUACACCUUCUAUCUGCCCAUCGCGGCGGCAAUGCAUCUGGCGGGCUACACAGAUCCGGAGGCCUUCCGGCAGGCGAAGACGAUUUUGCUCGAAAUGGGCUACUUCUUCCAGAUCCAGGACGACUUUCUCGAUUGCUUUGGUGAUCCCGAAGUCACGGGCAAGAUCGGCACGGACAUUCAGGACAGCAAGUGCACCUGGCUGGCCGUGGUGUGUUUGCAGCGCGCAAAGCCAGAGCAGAAGGCUAUCAUGCAGGAGUGCUAUGGCAAGCCUGAUGAGGAGUCCAUCAGGAGAGUGAAGCAGCUGUACGAGGAACUCUCGCUGCCGAAUACUUAUGCAAUCUACGAGGAGGACUCUUACAACAUGAUCAAGACGCACAUUCAGCAGACAUCUCGCGGAAUUCCCGUCGAAGUUUUCCUCAAGAUCAUGGAUAAACUAUACAGGCGAGAGUCUUAGAGUCAGAGAUUUUAUGCUGAGAUAGCGUUAAGGAUUACCAUCCCCUUGAUUCUGGGACAAAACAGAUCGGUCUAGGAUUUUUGUUGAUGUUUUUAUAAGGAUAUGAAAGAUUAAAUUGCACUUAGGGCAAGAAAAAGUAAAGGGGUUUUGAGAUAAGAAUAGCUGUGUUGAGAAAUGUUGCUCUAAAUUUGCCACUAACUUUUUAAUUCACUAAAAAUGUAAGAUAUGAUAGCAUUUCUUAUUCAAAAGUGUUAAACAUUCGUCAUGACAUCAAAGGCCUUUAAGGUGAAUUUGGAUAAACACAAAUUGGGGUUACAAUUGUGGGACUAAAAGUGGCAUUUAUCUAAGAGAAACAA